AUGUUUGUCAGAGCAUCUUCUUUCGCCAGACCGUCAGCAGCCCGUUCGCUGCUGAACUUUGCACGCAAUACCUCCAGCACAGCUAGCAAGUCGAAAAAGCCAGUGCCGCGUCCAGGCAUUGACAGGAUCGGUGUGCCUUUCGACCCCUACGUCCCCAUGAGAAUGUCCCGUUUACCCAGCCCUCUCACGGCGCCAAGAGUGUAUUUGAAGAGCAUUUGGAACCGUCUGCUGCUUUUUGCAUACAACCAGGUCCAGGUCUACUACUUCAAGAAGUCGAUGGGGAAGAAGUACAAGCCCAACUUUCUUAAAUGGAAAAACGAAGCCAUCGAGACGUUUGUCAGAGUCAACAAGGGAUUUGCUGAGAAAAAACUGGCAUCGAUCCGUACAAAUGUGUCCCAGUACGUCUACGACGCGCUGGAGGCCAGAACCAAUCGCAUGCCUGCCUCGACAACCAUGGGAUGGGAGCUCGUGAAGUUCAACUCGGUACCAAAAAUAAUCAGCGUGCACUCGUUUCCGCACGAGGACGGAGUGCCCCUUCUUCUGCAAAUCGUCUACAGGUUUGACACUAGACAACAGCUUGUCGUCAAAAAGGCGGGCCAAGACGCCCAGAACAACGUCAGAGAUCUAACAGAGUAUCUGGCGUUCAACAUCGACCCAUUCACCGACAGAAUCGUCCUUGCCGGAUCCGUAUUCGAGUCGCCUGUGUCCAGAGGAGUGGCUCCCAAGGAGGGUGGCGGAAGAGAAGAGAUAUUGGCCCAGAUGAAAGCACACGGAGACAUCUACCGCAUCGAACAAUCUCAAGAGUAA